CAACACUUCACAAAAAGUUUCACCCUGGAUGCUUCACAGUGGACACUGCCCCUGAGAGGGAUUUAUCAUAUUUACAUUUUAGGGGGAAAGUGCAUAACAAGGAAUGCAGGUCCAGUCGGUUCCCCUCAGCUCUGUCACCAUCGGUCCGCGGUCUUGGCGCGAUGGGACGGUCCGUUCCAUUCUUCGGGCGCAGCGCCUGGUGGGGCAGACUCGGGCCGGGCGGUCCGAGAACUGCAGUCGGUCCCGGAGCUGCAGCGCCGGCGCCAGUUUCAUCCCAAAGCGCGCAGUCUGCACAUCGGGAACAACCCAAGAUAAGAUCCCAGAGGGGGAUGCGGAAUGCGGAGAGAGUCGUGACUGUGUCUCCAAAAAUAAGAUGUCGAGGCCCCAAACUACAGGAGGAGUGUUCCCCAGUGGUUCCCAUAGGACGCCUGUGGCCCUGUUCCCACCCACUAGUCUACGUGAGCAGUGUGCCGAGGUCAGCGUCGCCGUAGCUGGUGAGUACAUGCGGAGGGUGCGGGAGGUGGAGGGCCAGCUGCACAGGCAGGCGGGCAGGGUGACCACGGAGGGCAUCAGGCUGGAGAGGGAGAGGGGUCACCUGGAGAGGACACUGCGCAGCGUCAGGACUGCUCUGACCAUCAACAGCAGGAGCUCGGACAGAAGGACCAUGAGGCCAUCCACUGCUGAGACGGAGAGAGAUGGUGCUGAUUACUUGCUGUUGUGUGAGAGAAGAGAGCUGGCCGAGUUGAAACAGGAUCUCGAAGGAGCACUGAGAAACGCACUGACCCAACUACAGGCCCUGGGUGAGCGCAGCAGACAGCUGCUGGACCUUGCCAGUGAGAGGGCUCGUGUUCUGGAGCUGGUGCCUCACAGCGGCUCUGCUGGAGGCCAUGGCACCGCUCCUCAGACCUUUGCCAAAGCAGGCCCUGUCAGCCCCUUUACACCAGAGUGUAAACGGAUUUUAGAGUCAUCCACUUUGACAGUCAACCAGUCACAGCUGCUCCGAGAAAACAUCAGACAGAUGCUGACCAGCGCCAUCGCCAGGCAGAACGCUGCCCACCGUACCGUCAAUGAUGGCUUGGUGAAGAAAAUUGCAGAGACAGUGGGUCUGCAGCAAAACCUGACUGUGAUGUCUGCAGCCACCAGGCAGGCCAUGUUUCGCAAGCAGAGGGAGAUCAACUGUAUUCGUCAUAGCCACGACAGAGCGCAGGGUCCGGAGUACAGCGGCGACAUCCUGUCCAGAGAGAAGCUCAACAGGCCUCUGGUGCAGGUUUACCAGAGGCACCCGGGGACACAGUUACUUGAGGCUGCUCAUCUUGUACAGGGCAGUGCGGUACUAAGGCAGUGUCUAACAUCCUCUGAAGAUGAGCUGGCGAGGCUGCAGCACACCAGUCUGCAGCUGCUAGACGACCUGCAGGGCAAGAGAGCAGCAGCUCAAGUGGACGCAAGUGUGGUCCGCAUGAGGCGUCAGCAGGUCGACAAGAGAGCCGUACCUUGUUUCCUCCAGCAGGGGGCGUGCAGAAGACAGCUCCCCUUGUCCUCUAUUGAGUAGAGCUGCAGCAAGCAUGAAAGUAUAGAGAUGCUGUUGUUAACAGAGAGAGCAGAAUAUACUGGUUCAUAAAUAGUAGGGUGGAAUAAGAGCUGCACUAUAAGGUCAUAUGUAUAUGGACACCCGUGUUCUCUUAUUCAUGGCUACUUUAGGGCUGUUUUUCAUCGCAUACUGUAACUAUUCAAAGGAAUAAUAUGGCAACAGUCUGGAUAAUUUUUUGUCCACAUACUUUUGGUCACCAGUGCAUCUUUCUGUACACAUUUUCUCUUUUCCCCCUUUGGGCAGCAACAUUUUAGAUAGAGAUAUUUAAUAAAAGUUAAAACUAAGUGGUGACAAGUAACAAUAUGCGCAGUAUUGGAAACUCUACACUACUUGGCUGGACAGAGGGCACAGCCAAGUUGUGAGGAUUUAUCAAGUGACUUGACAAAGGUUAGACAAAUGCAAUAAAUAAUGAAAAUCACUUUUAAUGACCUGUGUUUAUGUGACUGACAUCAUCUUAAUUUCACUGAUGCAGCAAACCCCAGCCAAUUGUUAUUUAGUACUUGUAUAUAAUCAUGUAAACAUUUCAUUGUGGCCUAAUGAUUUUUACUGCAGGCCUGAAUGGCUGAAAACCAGGGGAAAAAAAGAACGACAGAUAUUACAACAGAUGGUGUCUAAUAUGAUUUAGCAAACAGGACUGUCAAAUUCUUCCAUGAAAACUAUAACUAUUACCUAUCAAUCUAAUGUAUUAGGAUUUAUUUUUAAUAUAUAAACUGGCAAACCACCCAUUUUGUCAACCAAAACAGCUUUA